UGGAUUGGGGGAGCUGGGUGAUGGCGAAGGCCCCACACGCACCAGGCAGUGUCCUGGCCGCUGGAAGGCCAGCGUGCCCUGGCCUUCCUUUCUCCUGCGAGGGGAAAACUGCUUUGGAGAUGCCCCCAUCCUGCGGGCGAGCGUCAUGCCCACAGCCCAGAGCCCCUUUCGGGUGCAGCCUGGGGAAGGAGUAAAUGGGUGGGAGAAGGAACUGGAGGCUGGGAUCGUUUGUUAUAACUUCUACUGAGUAACUGAGACCUUGUGGACUUCACACAACAUAGGCUUUUGAGCUCUGUCCAGUGAUGCCCUCCUACCAGGGGUGGCAUUAGGGGGCAGAAAGUGGGGCAGUUGCCAGGGUUAGAUGAUCAAGCUUUGGUUUGAGCCCCGGGUGGCGGGGUUCGGGCUUGGACUCCUUAGUUUCUGGCCUGGGCGCCAGCAAUCUAAUGCCGGCCCUGCCUCCCACCUACCCACACGCCUUUCCGUUCACUUUGGUACAAUUGCACAAAGAACAUAUUUCAGAUCCUUUCUCUCCCAAAAGGAGACCAUGGAUUCAGAUAAAGUCUACCGCUGUGGAACAAAGACCUGAAACACAGCUGAGACAGAAACACACAAAAGCAAAAAUAAUCUAAACGAAAGCUGCGCACAUUGUUACGUUACCUCUGUUGUGCCUACUUAUUGCAGGAUGCAGUAGAUCUGAUCAAAACAUUCAUCCAUACAGACAAAGGUUGACUAGUGUCAGGUAGGAAUGGCUACCGAUGUACAAGGUAGCUGUAAAAUACAAACGAAAAAAGCCUUUUAAGAGUGCAGAAUGCAUUUUUGUUAUGAACGCUAAGGUAAUUGAUCUUUGUUUAAUCAGUCGAAGGUAAUCAGUUGAAUUGAUCUUAAACUGCUUUUAAUUUUAAGGUAUGUCUAUUGGAUGUUUGUGAAAAAGUUUAUUUGCAAAUAGAACAAUUUAAAAGGCUGUUUUGAUUUGCAGAAGCUUCAUAAAAUGUUAAAAACUACAGAUAUUUACAUCUGAGACCUCCUAACAAGAUAUUUUCAAGAACCAUACAGAAAAUGCUGACUGUAAAUAUUCAAAUUUCAAGGAAUUAAAACUAGAUAGAUUAUAUUCUAACUGGAUUUCUGAAAAUGAGUGGCACCACCGCUGUCCUCUGUCUCUAUCUUGUUUAUGGAUUAAUGCAACAGAUGGAAGCCUCUGUCCUGAGCUGCAUUCCCAGAAAAACAGUAACAUACCAAAAUGGAAAUAUAAAAACUUUUAUGAAACCAGGAUUAUCCAAUUUUUCCACACUCUUGGUGAGUGAAGAAACUGAUAUCUUAUUUGUUGGAGCCAGAGAUGCUAUAUUUGCACUUGACUUGAAUGACAUCUCAAGAGAAAUAGCCAGUGAGGACUGGUUCGCAACAAGGGAUAGACAAUUGGAAUGCAUUCGCAGAGGAAAGGACAAAGUAGAUUGCCGAAACUACAUCCUCCUCCUUCACAAGAUAAAUGACACUAACUUAUAUGUUUGUGGAACCAAUGCAUUUUACCCAGCUUGUGAUUACAUGGUCAUCAACAGUACAGAUAUUCAUCUGCAAGGGAAAGCUGAAGAAAGCAGAGGAAGAUGUCCUUUUGAACCUACUCUGAAGUAUGCUUCUCUGUUAGUUGAUAGUGCAUUUUAUUCAGCCACUUCAAACAACUUCUUGGGCACUGAGCCUAUUAUACUUCGCAGUUUGAGAAACCAUCUAAGGACAGAGUUUAAAGCAUCUUGGCUAAAUGAGCCCAGCUUUGUCUAUAUGGAUAUAGUGCGGGAAAGUGAAUCUAAUCCAGAUGGAGAUGAUGAUAAAAUUUAUGUGUUCUUCACUGAAACAGCUGUUGAAUUUGAAUUCUAUGACAAACUCCUGGUGUCAAGAAUUGCUCGUGUCUGCAAAGGUGAUCUUGGUGGAAAACGCAUAUUGCAAAAAAGAUGGACGUCAUUUUUAAAAUCCAGACUUAUCUGUUCCGUUCCAGAAUCAAAUUUCCAGUUUAAUAUUGUUCAGGAUGUCUUUUUACUUAAGAGAGCAGACUGGCGGGAAAGCAUGUUUUAUGGAAUUUUUACUCAACAAUGGGGAAGGUUGGAUAUUUCUGCCGUUUGUGCAUUCAGUAUGAAAACUGUCCAAGAAGUCUUCGCCAAAGGAAACUAUAAAGGGCCAGUGACUGUGGAACAUUCCCAUGUUAAAUGGAUGGUGUUCAGGGGAGAAGUGCCACUCCCACGUCCCGGUGCUUGCAUUGAUAAUUUUGCCCGGAGUAUUGGAUACAACACUUCUCUUGAUUUGCCUGAUAAAAUUCUGCAGUUUGUUAGAGACCACCCUUUAAUGGAUAAUGCUGUAAAUCCAAUUGGUGAUAGGCCAGUGCUACUGAAAAGAGGUUCAAAUUACACCACGAUUGUAGUAGACAGAAUCACUGGCCUAGAUAAAAAAACAUAUGAUGUUCUGUUUAUAGGAACAGAUAAUGGAUAUUUGCAUAAAGCUCUCAACUGCGACGGGGAAAUGUUCAUUAUUGAGGAGAUACAGCUGUUUCAGUCCCCAGAGCCUGUACAAUCUCUUAAACUGUCUUCCAAAAAGGGCCUGCUCUAUGUCGGGUCUCCAUCCCAAGUGGUACAACUCCCCGUUUCAGUAUGCAGCCGAUAUAAACACUGCUUGGAUUGUGUUUUGGCAAGGGAUCCUUAUUGUGCGUGGUCUGAGUCUUUUGAGAAGUGUGCUCCAGUGGCUAAUCAAACAGGAGACUUGCAGGAUUUAAUUCAGAGUGUUAAAAAUGGUGAUGCUUCCAAAUGUCCUAAAAUAGGAAAUAAUGUCGAAAACUGUCCCGUUAGCAUUGGCAACAGUGUUCAUCUUAAAUGCGCGCCCAUGUCCAACCUGGCUAGGAUGGUGUGGAAGUUUAAUGGGAGCAGUCUUCAGGCAGAAGAUUCUAAAUACCUGCUUUAUGAUGGAGGAAUAGUCAUAUUUAAUGUGACAGUGGCUGAUGCUGGAUUUUAUGACUGUCAUUCUGUAGAGAGCGCUAAUGGGAAAGAAUUCCCUGUUACUGUGGCUAGCUACGUUCUUUCUACCCAACAGGACAGCGUUUUCAUUAUUACUAAGAAUUACACCACAAAUCAACCAAAUGCAGACACAACUCUGAAGGUUAAAUCUUUGGUAUCCUCUUCCUUGCUGAAUGACCCAGCAAAACAAAAAUCCCUGGAAGACCAAAAAGAGAAGCUUAUUUUAAAAUUCUUGGGAGCUGGAUUUGCACUCCUUUUUUCUUCCUUGCUGGUUUGGAACUUUUACAAAGGCCACCUGUCUGUGCCUUGGAAGAGCAGAGAAAAAAGCUCAAAAACAGGAAAUGCAGAUUGUUUGCCAGGUCCAACCUUGGCUACAGAGGGGUCGGACGCUAUGAGGAAAAGUUCAGCCACGCGAACUAACACCUCCACUGUUAAUGAAUCAGUACCACUUGUGAACUUUCCUUCCGAAGAGGAACGCAGCACUAAUGUACAACACAACACAAGUCUCACAAAGAGAUCUGGGACUUGCAGCUCACAAAGCUGUUUGGUUGAGGAUGAGACAAUGUUUCCUAUUGAGGAAUGUGGAAUGUAAAGUUUGAGUAGGAAUCACAAGCCCAAAAUCUAGUGAGCCAAGCUGCUAAACAUAAAUUCAUUUUCAGUUGCUGCUUUUGAAAAAGAUUGUUACAUUAGUUUUUGGUAUUUGUUUAA